AUGGGCCAGAUUAGGAAGGGCGGUACAACGGUGGGACUUGGCGUUGGUGUUUUGGAACAUCAAAGAUGGACAGGGUUUUCGCGGAGGUCGCUCCUCAGAUAUCUCCACAACUACAGAUCGGGGAUCUUCCAAAAUCGAGAAGAUUGGUGCAUAUGGCUAGGUCUCUUCACCUUACAAUUUGUAUGGCACUUUGGCCCGGGGUUGUGGUGUGGUAGGGGAGAACGGGGGAUACUCCCACACAGGAGUUUCGAACAACGUCCGGUUCACGUUUGGCUGGAUAACUCCACCACCACACAGGGUAUGCGGUCGGCGAUGGGGUCAGAAUGCUCGUAUGAUCGAGGGCUUUUCGAUGGAUCUAUCGGCGGGUUCUUAUUCGAAAAAUCGAGCGAGUUCGUGGUGGAGCGGUUGUGA